GGGGGGCGGGGGGUGGGUGGUUACGUUGCUCCGCGGUUGCCGUCAGCGCCUGCAGCCGCCUCUACCUGCUCGAGGAGCCCCCUGCCCCCGCCUCCUGCGGCCCCCCCGCCCCGCGCGCGAGGGAGGAGCCCCCCCGCCGGCUCGGGAGGGGACGGGAGGGGGGGCCGCGCGCGGGACCCCCCCCGCCCGGCCCGGCCCGGCGCCGCCGCCGCCGCGAUGUCUCAGGAGCGGCCCAAGUUCUACCGGCAGGAGCUGAACAAGACGGUGUGGGAGGUGCCCGAGCGCUACCAGAACCUGUCGCCGGUGGGCUCCGGCGCCUACGGCUCCGUGUGCUCUGCCUAUGACACAAAAACUGGGCUGCGAGUGGCUGUGAAGAAGCUGUCCCGACCAUUUCAGUCCAUCAUUCAUGCCAAAAGAACCUACCGAGAACUACGGCUACUUAAACAUAUGAAACAUGAAAAUGUGAUUGGUUUGCUGGAUGUAUUCACACCUGCCAAGUUACUGGAAGAAUUCAGUGAUGUGUACCUGGUGACGCACCUCAUGGGAGCAGAUCUUAACAAUAUUGUAAAAUGCCAGAAGCUCACAGAUGACCAUGUACAGUUUCUCAUAUAUCAAAUUCUUCGGGGAUUGAAGUAUAUCCAUUCAGCUGACAUAAUACACAGAGACUUAAAACCUAGUAACCUAGCUGUAAAUGAAGACUGUGAGCUGAAGAUUCUGGAUUUUGGUUUGGCCCGGCACACAGAUGAUGAAAUGACUGGGUAUGUGGCUACCAGGUGGUACAGGGCUCCUGAAAUCAUGUUGAACUGGAUGCAUUACAACCAGACAGUUGAUAUUUGGUCAGUGGGCUGCAUUAUGGCUGAGCUGUUGACUGGAAGAACGUUGUUUCCUGGUACAGACCAUAUUAACCAGCUUCAGCAGAUCAUGCGUCUGACGGGAACACCCCCUGCAUACCUCAUUAACAGGAUGCCCAGCCAUGAGGCAAGAAACUACAUUCAGUCUUUGUCCUACAUGCCGAAAAUGAACUUUGAAAAUGUGUUUAUCGGUGCCAAUCCCCUGGCUGUGGACUUACUGGAGAAGAUGUUGGUACUGGACACAGACAAACGAAUUACUGCAGCUGAAGCACUAGCCCAUGCCUACUUUGCUCAGUAUCAUGAUCCAGAUGACGAGCCAGUGGCAGACCCCUAUGACCAGUCCUUUGAAAGCCGAGAACUUGAGAUUGAAGAAUGGAAAAGCCUCACUUACGAUGAAGUCACGAGCUUUGUGCCACCACCGCUUGACCAAGAGGAGAUGGAGUCCUGAGAAACUGCUUCUCUUCUGUUUGUCCCACUUCACUGUGAGGGGAAGGCCUUUUCAUAGGGACUCUCCAAAUAUCAUUCAAGUGCCUCUUGUCACAAAGAUAUUCUCCUUGGUGAAGGGGUUUUGUGUGCGUGUGGAAUGGGGGGAGGGAGAAAGGUCGUAUGUAAACAUGCUGCAUGCUCUUGUAUUCUCUGUACAACCUGGGACAAGCCUCUGAAGUCCUGUUUUGACUGCUUUUUAGCCCUUCCAGAGAGACCAUUGUCAACCAGUUUGCACUGCUGCCGAGCAAGUCAGGGAAGCCAAUAGUUAAUGUUUCGUCACACUUGUUGCCAUUUAAAUGGUUCUCUUGCAGUAAAAUGACUUCACAGAUCAUGGAAGGCUGGUUAUAUGCUUGGAGAGUCCUCUUUUCCGCAGCAGCGGAGUAGGGGUGAGGGAUAUCGUUUUUGUUUCAUGCCAGACGGUUGAUCUACAUCCAAGCUCUCUUCCCAGCGCUGCAUACAACAGAACAUACAAGCCUGUUGAUGACUAUCUCUGCUUGAUUCUUGAACACGAGAAGGAUUUGUUUGAAACUGUAAAUAUGUUUGUGCCUUAAAUGGAUGGAGAAAGAGAGUCUGGAAUUAAGUCUGGAGUGGAAUUCGGAGCCUGCUGCUCUUCUGGAAGUGAGCCACAGGGUCGUCAGGCCCGGGCGCUGUCACCAGGAAACAACCUUCCAAGGCACAGUCCCGUGACCCUAGGUUGGGUAUUGCCAUACUUCUCCCUCUUCCCCUUCUCUCGUCCUGAGGCUUCCCAGCAUUAAAUCCUGAUGGGCACAGGCAGAGGCUGAAGAUGAUUCUUGCUGUCUGUACAUAUUUGUGUACUUUAUUCCUAAACAGGUGGGGUAUUUUUUGCAUGUUGUAGCUGUAUGUGCAUGUAGAGCUACUUGUUGCAUUAUCUUGGAGGAGGGUACUGGGGCAGUAAGUCUGCCAGUGACAUACUGUACUGAGUACCUCAGCCAGUGCUGUAGGAAGAUCACAGCAUCCUCCCUCUCGUUCUGCAACUCGGUGUGAACGUACCUGCCAUUCUGGAUGCUGUGAUAAGGACGGGACAGAAACUCACCACUCUUUUUGUUCUGGCGUUCGUGGUUUCAGAAGAGAUUUUUUUUGUGGGGUUAAAGUAAAGCAGGGUCUGCAAAAGAGUACAUAUAGCCAUUUAAGUGCCCAAAGUUCAAAGCAACUUCCUCAAAAGAAACACUUAGAAAUGUUGUAUGCCAAACAAUGAAUAAGCACGCAUGAAGUCAGAACCUCCCUUUCACCGUUUGUAUCUACAGUUAUAUAUACUGCGUAACACUUUAUUAAGGUGGGUUUAUACCUCAUAGGACAAGAGCUUAUUGCCUAUUUUUAGGGAGUUGAUCUCUGCUGGGAAGAACAGGGAAAGGCAGUAUGUUUGAGGCAAAAAAAAAAAAAAAAAUAAUGUAUUUUGUUAUCUUAGGGCUGCUGGUGUAAUGAAAUCCCCCUGGUUAGGGACUGGCUACAGAGGGAGGGGUCUGUCAGUAUUUUAUGUACUAGAGGUAUCCUGGGUAACCUGGAUGCCCCUUUUUUUUUAAGGUCUGGAGUGAGAGGUUUUCAGACGUUCAUAUAUUGAUGGGAUAUAUGUGAACAAAGUAUCUGUGUAUGCAAGGAAAAAGGCUUUUGCAGUAUUUUGUAUCCUGAUGGAUCUUGGAUUUAGGGGUGGAGAGAAGCUGUUUUUAGUGUAUUUAUCCCUAUGUAUAGAGGCAGCACAAAGGAAUGGGAGAUGAACGAUGAAACCAUCACUUUCUUAGAACACUUUCCCAUUAUCUCAUCAGGUCAAACCCUUUAGAGAAGUUUGGGGUGAGGAGGAGAGAGUGGUUCUUUCAUGCCUUGGGUAUUGAACCCUGCCCCAGACCAAACAAAAUCGCCAAUAGAAAACCUCCCUGCCCUGCUGGACCUAUAGUCCAGGUAUUCAGAUGGAAAUGUAGAUAUACUCUGUAAACCUACAGCAAGAUUAUUUUUAUCAACCAUGUUGUGUGUAGAAGCAACAGUGUGUUUUCAUGCAGAAGUAUUGCUAAAGAUUUUUAAAACAAUAGACAUUGCGUGCGUGCGUGCGUGUGUGUGUGAAUGGGAACGUUUAAGUCCAGACUCUAAUGGGAGCCCAUGUGGCAUGCGCUCCCUGUCUUCAGCACAGUGCUGUUUUACUGCCUGGAAUUACAUUGGAAGUACACUUCAAAAAGAUUCUGCUAUUUUGUUUCUAUCCAUGAAUUUUGCUGUAAUUGGUUAUGCCAUAUAGGAUGUCACAAUACCACUGGUUUUAAAUAAAACCUAUUUUUCAGACUUA